AUGGCUAAACCCAAUGAAACCUGUAUGGUGAGAGCAGGUGCAGUGACAAAACCAGGGGCGUGUGCAGACCAAGUGAACUUAAGGAUUGUCCUAUGUAGAACAAAUGGAGUCAAUGGUAAAACAAAACCAGUAAAGAGUGAAGGGAAAUUUAUCUCACAGAUCAAGAAAAAUCUCACGCAAGGUAAAGAACCAGAGGGAGAGCAAGAGAAUUGUGGAUCAGGGAAUUCCAAGAACCGGCCCACCAAAACCACAGAGAAAACAAAGACCAAUAGCUCCUCAGUGUUUAGUCGACUCAGCGAACCAACCAUCAGUAGUGCCAAAAAAUCAGUAAAAUCUGCUGAAACUGCUAAACCAAACACCAGCAAGGGAAGUAAACCUGCCCCUGGGAGUGGAAAAGAUAGCCCAAAGCCUUCAGUUGCCAAAGACAAUGUGGGUACUAAGAAACAGCCACCACCUGUAGCUGAGAAACCAAAGAAAAGCUCAGAGAAAGAGGUGAUUGGUGAGAUUCAGAAGAAAACCAACGAAUCAGGUGUCAAGGGUGAACAGGAGAAGACUGAAGAGGAAGUUAAACAAUCGGAAGAAAACAUCGCCGAGGCUGAGGUAGAAUACCCGGAAAUCCUAGAAUUUAAUCGUGAGCAAGCACAGGAAGAAGAAAGGGCACAGUUAGAGGUUCAGAGUGCUAACGAGGAAAUAAGACAAGAUUUAGGUGAACCUUCAAUAAACCAGUACCUUACUCUGAAAAAUAACGUAUUUGAGGAUCAGGAGUCCACUUUUUGCACCUUAGACAUUAACGGUAAAAUGGCCACUGCUGCAGUAGAUCCCCAGGAUGAAGAAGGAUUGCCACAAAACCCAACAGAAUGUAUUGUCAUCUCAGAAAACAAAGUCAAGUACAUCAACACUAACUUCAAGAAAGUAUCAGCCAAGAUGUACGACUACAAGUGUGACAUCAAGCUCAAAGUUGGAGACCAGAACUUCAAAGCUCAUCGAGAUGUUCUAUCAGAGGCAAGUGACUAUUUCUCUGCAAUGUUCUCACACAAUAUGAAAGAGAAAGGCCAAGAUGAAAUAGAACUAAAAGACAUUAGUCCAAAAGGUUUUUCAGCGAUGCUGGAUUAUUUCUAUCAUGGUCAUGUGACUCUUGAACCAUCCAAAGUGGAGGAGGUUAUAGAAGGAGCUAGGUACUUUCAUGUGGAUUGGCUUUUGGAGGUCUGCUGUGAGUUUCUCAUCCAGCAUCUAAGCUUGGAUAACUAUAAUGCUGUGAUGGAAAUUACAGAUAAAUACUACCUUGGUGAUCUGCGAUGGGAUAUUUUCAGAUUCAUUGGUCAAAAUCUUGGUGAACUGACUCAACAGCCAAGUUUCUUUGAAAAUCUCUCUCUGGAACUGCUUUUGCAGUUUCUUAUGGAGAACAUUUAUACAGAAGCUUCAGAGUUCUACAUUUUGGAUGUUGUGUUAAGAUGGGUCAAUGCAGAUGAACAAAAUAGGAAGGAACAUCUUCUCUCUCUUCUACGCCAGAUAAGAUUUCACACGAUGGAAGCAGAGGAACUUGAGUCAGUUCCACCAGAGGUCCUGGAGUUCCCAGAAAUACGUGAGAUAAUUGAGGAUGCCAUGAAUUACAGUCUUAACAUCAUGGGCCAAUGUCUGAAGUGUGGAGAUAUGUACAAGCAGAGAGGGGCAAGACCCGUGGUAACCAUCCUUGCUUUCACGGAUGAUGCCAAUAUCUUGGUGUACAGAGAUCCUACCAAGUGUGGUCUCUUUGUGGAGGAAUUAGGCCCUUGUGGGUUGGACACUGCAGCCUACCAAGCUAUGGGUCAAGCAAAGAUUGGAAACUUCUUAUAUGCAGCAGGUGGAUAUGAUGAUAAAUACUGUACUGUAGGAAGGGUCUUCAUGUUUGAUCCAAAAUAUCGAGGCUGGACCGAGGUGGCAUCAAUGAAUGAACCAAGAGUUUCAUUUGCCAUGUGUAACUCUGACAACAGACUGUUUGUGGUUGGGGGAGUCAAUCACACAGUGGAUGAUGAGACAAAAGAGGAAAGUGAGCAAGUCCUAGGAUCCGUAGAGAUGUACAACCCAGAAGACAAUGUCUGGACCAACCUCCAACCAAUGCCAUAUAAAUCCUCUGACCAAGCUGCUGUUUUUACCAAUGGCUGCCUGUAUGUUACUGGUGGGAUUAGCUCUGAGCCAGAUGAUCCUGUGCCACUGAACUCAACAUGGUGCUUGAAGGUUGGAGGAUCCGAGGGGUGGGUCCCCAAAGCUAACAUGCUGAACGGUCGACAGGGACACAGCAUCACUGCUCUUAGUGGAAAACUUUACACCAUGGGUGGUUACACUGCUAAAGACGAUCGCAUAACAUUCAAGAAUCAACUGAACUGUGAAGUCUAUGACCUUGAAACAGGACAAUGGUCAGAAAUCGCCCCCACUCCUGAGGCCUUCGGGCAUCUCUUCCCCUACAGCGAUGCUUUGUUUGAUAAGAUUUUUGUGAUGGGGGGAAUUCAUACCAGUGUAAAUCUGUACAUCUAUGAUCCUGAGAGUGAUACCUGGGAGGAGGCAGAUGUAAUUGGACCACAUGUACAAAAACUGGCCAUCCUGGACGUAGCUUAUCCUUAUACGUAAACUCUUCUAUUGCAGUCUAGGAUGAACAAAUGUGUUGAUAUGUGUACAUGCAAGUAUCCAAGAUACAGUAUCAUAUAGUGAACUUUGUUUAGUUUUUGGAAUACCAUGACUGGCAUGAGUAGUGAAAGCUUGUAUGUAAUCAUUAUUGUAAACAUUUUCUACAUUUGAGGUCAAGGAUAUAGGAUAAAAACAGAUUGUUUUAAUUGGGAAAAAGAGGUAGGCAUUGUGCCUACUAGUUAAGUGAAAAAAAUUGGACUACUGACAAUAAUUACAUUUUGUUCCAUUAAAUCCUAAACACUUUGUUUUCCAAUGAAUGUUAGCAGUAAUACAUUACCAGGAUGCAAACAGGGAAAGACUAGGCAUAACUUUUAUUUGAUGCAUAGAUCAACAGUGAUACAAGGACAAUUCUUUUUUAACAAGAUUUUCUCUAUAUUGGUUUUUUUUAUUUUUAUCAUGGUUGUACUGGCAUUUUUAGAUAUAUUUUUUUCAACAUGGUUGUACAUGUACUGGCAUUAUAUGUAUUUGGUUGUGCUAGCUCAUCAUUGGCUGUGCAUCUAAAAAAAUGUGUACUUAACAUGCUUAAUGUAUUCAUGUAUAUUUUAUAAUUUACAAUUAUCUUUAAGGUCAUAUCCAUUAGGCAUCUGCAUUUAUAAAAAGUGCAUUUUCUUGCCAAUUUAUAGCUCAUCUGCUGGUCUAAUCUUUAUACAUGAUGUAUGUCUGACAAGUUGAUGAUUGUGUAUUGUAAUUAUUAGCAGAAUCCUGCCUGUAUCUAUUGUUUACAUUUUCAUAACUGUUAUUUUAUUCCUGUCAAUUGAUGUAUAUAUGCUUUGAUGAAAAAGAAUUUUUAAAAUCACAGAAUAUAGUUUUAUAGUAAUUGUUAUCUUAGUUUGUACUUUGUACUAAGCACUUGGCAUUAUAAUUAUAACAAGAGUUGCAUGGAAUUUUUAAGAUAUACUGUACUUAAUUUCUUUACUAAACAAAGUUAAACCAUGGUAACUAGACUGAAUCUGAUUCUGAAACUGGUCACUAGUAUAUACUGUCAAACUGAAAUAUAUCAACUUAGUAAUAUUAAGAAAAUCUUAGUUUAUAUAAAAAACUUGAUAUUUAUUUCCUAAGCAAUUGCUUUCAGUUUUUUACUUAUAUGGAUAUGAUUUAAACAAUCUCGAUUAUAAGAAAGUAAAAUUCCAAGUUCCACUGACUUCUUGAGUAGUGAGUUCUACUGUAUACCAUAAAAUUCAGUUUACCACCUCUUAACUGAAAUGUUUCAUAUGUUAAUCACUUGAAAAUCGCAUUUAAUGUCUAGAUAAAUAGUUUUAUCAUGUUUAUUUUACUAAGAGUCCACAAUGAUGCAUUCCUAAGAGAGUUUGUUGCCAUCUUCUCUCAUCAAGCUGUUUUCUUUCAAUAAUCCAUUGAUAUUUAAGCAUUUUCUGCUGUGUAAUUUUGUACGUUGUUUAGUUUUAAUUUUUUAACAUUCCAAAGAUCUGUUCAAGUUUUUGUUUUUAUAAAUUUGUUACAUAAGAGGACUAUAUGUUCCAUCAGUCAUUACCAAUAUGUCUUUCUAAAUUUUCCAACAUUUUUAGGACCAGUAAAUUGUUCAAAUUUCGUAUAUACAUGUAUACUUUUACACAUUUUAAUCAUUUUACACAAU